CAGUCGGAAGCCAUUGAAAGCAUGGCAAGUGAACAAUUGAGUGGUAGGUGGUCUCUUAAUGGAAUGACUGCCCUUGUUACUGGUGGCACCAGAGGCAUUGGGCAUUCCAUAGUGGAAGAGUUAGCAGGAUUUGGAGCCACAGUAUACACAUGUUCAAGAAACCAAAAGGAACUUAAUGAAAGGCUGCAAGAAUGGGGAGCACAGGGUUUCAAAGUCUAUGGUUCAACUUGCGAUAAGGCUUCAAGAACAGAAAGAGAGGAACUAAUAAAGAAUGUCUCUUCCACCUUCGACGGCAAGUUGAACUUACUGAUGGCUGGGAAUAGCUGUAGAUAAAGGCCUGAAGGUGCUUCGGAUCUCUGUCGAGCAAAUUUGGGGGAGUACAUUAAUGUAUACUUUACCGGAGAAUAUCAUCUUUGGAGAUGAUGAAUCUUCAUCUUCUUCUUCAUUAACAGAGCUUUGUCUUAAUUGCCGAUGCCGGCUUCCGCACCAAGUACAUGAGUUGCAUGCACGUGCUCAAAAUAAUUAGUUGAAGAAGCUGUCAUUGAACUCGACAUGUCUCAGACCUACGUUUUUCAGUACCUUGGUGAACAGGUUUCCGCAUAUUGAGUUUCUCAAGGUCGAUAGUUUCCUUGGAUUUGAUAAAAAUAACCUUGUAAGUCACUGCCUGAAGCACAUCGAAAUCGUCCACAUUUUCUCUAGUUCAAAACCACCGCCCGAGAAAGUAGAGAUUGAUACUCCAAAUCUCACUUUCUUGGAUACUAGUUUUGAUGAAUUAGAAAUCCUGGCCAAUCCGUCUUUGGUGACAAAUUGUGUCAUCUUGCCUAAAAAUCAAACUCAAAUGGUGUGUCGUUUAUCUUGCAUAUGCCAGUCGAGCACUAUUGGUUUAUCAAGUUGAACAAAAUGCUAUCAGAUUUGACCCCAUUGACAGUUUCACUCCACAUAAAGUACCCCGCACCUUUCUAUGUGAAGGUAACGGACGACCUUCUGUUUCCCCUUCAAGUCUGUGCUGCUGCUGUUGACGUAGAGACAUUGAAGUUAACAUUGGAUUGUGGAUAUUCGUCAAUUCAUCUGGUUUCUUGUUUGUUGUGGGCUUGUCGUCCUAAGACUCUUGCCUUGCGCUUUCCGAACUUCUUUGAUGAUUCCAUUAACUUUCUGUUCCGUUUGCUGUCUGAGAGCAGAAUUGCUUUUGAUCGGUUUAGCAGUUUCUUGGCUGAAUGAUCUCAGGGAAGCAAAACUCUUCAAUGAGACUGAAAACAAGUGGCAGCAAUUGCAACAACCUUUGACUCUGUCACAUCCAUCAUUGAGUUCAAUUAAAGAGUGGACCGAGAUUCGAAUCGCACUAUUAUCCUUGAAUUCUUGGCCUUAGGCUUUUAUUACAAGUGAAGUGCGCAAUUACUUUUUUUAUUUGCCACAAACUAGCCAGUUUUAUGCUGAUGAAAGUUUAAAGUUGUCUCA